CCAGAGGUUUCAAAUUUCACUUAUCAGAACUUUCGUUAUCGACCUUCCGGACGCGUAUCAUCAGAUAUCGCGAUAGAUAACACCCCAAAAAUGGAUCAAGAAUUCCGAGCUAUAGUGGUUUUAUGUUAAAACGGAACCAACAAAACAUCACAUUGAAAAGUCGUGUAAACUCCAAAGACAAUGAUAUAUUGACAUUACAAAAAAUUAAUAAGAAACGAAGUGCCACAAAAUGACCAACGUUAUAUCAAAAUUACUCCAGAAAGGAGAACAUACAUUCAAUGCAAACAGAACUGUUAUAUCUGGAGCUCUGAUAGCGACAACUCUUUUCACCUAUGCCUACAAAGUCGGCUAUCCAUUUGUCGACUCGCUAAUUCACAAAACAAACAAAGAAAAUCUCACUCUGAACAAUAAUCUAGUCACUAAUAAACUGCAACAAAAUGGUAUCAUGAAGAAGAGGAAACCGAAGGGAAGGUUUAGAACUAAUAUUCCGAACCUGAAUCUAGCAUUUAUUUUACAAUUUAUUAAAUUAGUUAGGAUAAUGAUACCCGGUUUGUUCUGCACGGAGAUGGCUCUACUUAGUUCACAUACUAUGUUCUUAUUCUUGAGAACAUUCCUUAGUAUUUAUGUAGCUAAUUUGGAAGGUGCGAUUGUCAAAUAUAUCGUGAGAAAGGAGCCCAAAAAUUUUAUCCGGCAGUUGGGAAAAUGGUUUGCUGUUGCUAUUCCAGCUACUUUCAUCAACAGUAUGAUAAGAUACCUAGAAAGUAGAAUAGCACUUAGUUUCCGAACUCGCCUCGUAGACCAUUCUUACCGACUAUACUUCAACAAUCAAAGUUACUACAGGGUGACCGUUCUAGACGGAAGACUGGACAAUUGUUCACAGAGGCUCACAGACGACAUAGAAACUGUGGCAAGUACUGUUUCUCAUCUGUACGGCCAAAUAACGAAACCGUGUUUCGACAUUCUUCUCAUGGCCAUCGCUUUAGCAAAUUUGGUCAAAUCACGAAAUUCGAACCUUCUCAUUGGUCCAGUGAUAAUUUCUGGUGUGGUAGUGAUAUCAGCCCUAAUUCUGAGGCUAGUGUCACCAAAGUUCGGUCAACUGGUGGCGCAGGAAGCUGAGAAAAAAGGGUACCUCAGACACGUCCACGGAAGAAUUGUCAGCAAUUCAGAAGAAAUUGCUUUCUACGGAGGUCAUAAGGUAGAACAGAGUCACCUGAGGCAAGCGUACAGGUUUCUUGUUGAACAUUUGGAACAUAUGUAUGGCGUGAAGUUGUGGUUUGUUAUGCUGGAACAAUUUUUAAUGAAGUACGUUUGGUCAGGAACAGGUAUGAUAGUAGUAUCACUUCCAAUUCUCUUGGCUGCUGGAAAUACCCGCAGAGUACCGAAAAAGGGAAAUUUGCUUUCUCUACCCGCUAUCACCUCUGCUAAAGGCGACGAUGUUUCUUCAGAAUCCAAUGACAGCGCUGUAGAAAUUCUGGAUGACAACGUUUCGGAACGAACUCAUUACUUCACUACUGCCAAAAAUCUGUUGAUGACGGGAUCUAACGCUGUCGAGCGACUCAUGAGCAGUUAUAAAGACAUCGUCGAGUUGGCUGGUCAUACCGCUAGAGUAGCUAGUAUGUUUUCAGUCCUAGAAGAGGCCAGCCAGGGAAUUUAUCAGAAGACUUCAGUAGUUAAAAAGGAGAAGACUGGUGACUUCGAAAUCGAAUUCAAGGGAAAUCAACCAAUUGCGAAGGGUAAAGUUUUUGUAUCGUCCAAAAACGAGAUAAUUUUGAAGAAUAUUCCAAUCGUAACUCCAAACUGCGAUAUCGUUUGUCCUUCUUUAAGUAUCAACCUAGAACCUGGACAGCAUCUCCUCAUAACUGGACCAAAUGGUUGUGGAAAAUCUAGCUUAUUUAGGAUACUGAGCGGUCUUUGGCCUAUCUACGGUGGAGAAUUGCAUUCUCCCAAAAAUUCUAUGUUUUAUAUUCCUCAGAGGCCAUACAUGGUUAUUGGAAAUUUGAGGGAUCAAGUUAUUUACCCAGAUACUUACGCCGACAUGAUCAAUAAACAAAUUACCGAAGAAGACUUGAGGAGAAUAAUGCAAAUGGUCCAUUUAGAUCACAUUGUGGAUAGAGACACUUUCCAUGAAGUUAAAGACUGGACUGAUAUUUUGUCAGGGGGUGAGAAGCAGAGGAUGGCAAUCGCGAGGUUGUUUUAUCAUAAACCAAAAUACGCCCUUCUUGAUGAAUGCACUUCAGCAGUGUCAAUUGACGUCGAGAGCCAUAUUUACCAAAGUGCAAUUGAUAUGGGCAUCACCCUUCUCACCAUUACACACAGACCUACUCUUUGGAAAUUCCAUACACAUAUUCUUCAGUUUGAUGGAACAGGGUCAUGGGAAUUCAGCAAACUGAAUCAUCUCAAUAGAUUAGACUUGAAAAAGGAAAAAGAUGAACUCUUGAAGGAAGCAGAUAGCAUAGAAAGAACAAGUAGACUGAAUGAAUUGAAUAUACUAUUAGGUGAAGACAUGUAAAUUGAAUUGUUCAAGUGUUAUUUUAUAGUAGAUUUUGGAGAGAGAAUUCUCGGUGAUAAUUUCAGUCAGGUUUUAAUUGCGAAAUUGACUGCAACAGAUUGUGAUUUUGUAAAUCUACGAAACAAUACUAUGUACCCUUUUCCCUUAUGUUAAGUUUUUAUAUAGGCCAUUUCACAUGACUACUAUAUUUUCGAAUUUGAAAAUACCUAAGUGAUUUCAUGAAAUUUCAAUUGGUCAUUGAACUUAAGAAUUAUAGUUGAUCGAGUUGGUGUCAUCAUAUUGAAUAUAUGGAUUAUCUGAAAAUUGAGCACGUGUUGACAACAGUGCCUAGUGACUGGAAUGUUGGAUUAUUAGAAAAAUUAUAUAUAGGGGACUUUUAGGUAACAUUUGAAACUGACCAAAAAAAUGUCUCGUUGGAAAUGAAAAAUGUCAACACUACAUCUAUCUGUUCCUCAUGAUUGUGAAGUCUUACCAAUUGAGUUCAUGCAGAGAAACUGAAAUUUUGUAAUAGAAGUGAUCACUAUGAGAGGAACAAGUGUAAAUACCUAUUUGCAAUCAGCAAUCAUUCCAGUAAAAAUCUAAAAUAUUUUUUUAAUAUGUGAAAUUGCUCAGUUGGCAAAUUAUUUUAUAAUUAUUGACUAUAUGAUGAUGAAUUCAUUUUUGUAGUUCUUUUUAACUGGUAGGUCGAAAGAAUUAGAACAAAUUGAACUUUUAGCACAUGUUCAAUUUUCAUGAUGAAGUUGAUACUCUAAAAGUAUAUACAUCACAAAUUAAUGUUGGUUUGUAAGUAGAAUGAAAUAUUUUGAUAUUCAUACCUGUAAAGAAUAUUUCCAUCCGCACAUUUAUCACACAAUGAAUUCGUGAGUUUUUGUGUCUUUUAAAUAUAAACUCAUGCAUAUUUUGAUUAUCAACAGAAAAAAAAUAGUUAAUUUUUGUUUGAGUUUGUUUUUAAUGUCCUAGGGCAAAAUAAAGAUGAGUCCCUUCUCUUUUAUUGAUUGUUAAUGAGUGAACAAUAAACAUUCUUAUUUAACAAUAUAUCAUAGAAACUAUCUUUCCAUUUAUUUGUCUUGAUAACUUCCGUUAUUUGAACAGGUUAAUCUCAAAACUGUUUUGCGUCGUUUUGUCCACUUCCAUUCAUUGGCAGCAAAGUUUUAAUUUGCAAAAACGUCUUCCAAUCUUCGUCAAAAAUACUGGAAAUAAUUCAUGAAUUUGUUGAGCGAAAAUGUGAGAGAUGUAAUAAUUUUAUUGUUUGGGAUAUUUUGAUAAAUAUUCAUGUAUUCUAAUUUCGAAGAACAAUAAACAAAUUAUAACAUAUUUGCUUACAUUCA